AUGGCCAAUGAGGAAUGGGAGAAGGUCUCGUGGGAGGAGAAGAUCGAAGCAAAGGUCGCCACGAAGCCCAGCACGGCCUUGGAAGGGGACUAUGUGAACAUCUCGCAGAUGUGGAAUCGAGACAUCUAUACGUUUGAGCCAGCGCCGGUUCGGCCGUUGCCUGAGGAGUGGGAGUUGAUGAGGAUACGGGAGGAGAAACGGCUGGUCGCGGAGAAGGAGAGGAAGGGGAUGGAGGCCCGGUCAGGGGCGGAUGGAGGCAUGGCGGCUGCCAAGAGCGGAGUGGAUGGUGGGAAGGCCGGUGCGCGGAAGGUGGGCGUCGAGGACAGGGGCUUGGGCAGUAGGGGGUUGGGCCGGGGUAGGCCGAGGUGGGAGAAAGAAGAGGAGUUGCCGUUUGCGGUGGAUAGGGGCUCGGAGCCGAAGGACGCUGGUGGAGAGGGCGGCGGCGGAGCGGGGAAGUAG